AUGCCAAAAGGUGUUUCCACUUUCAUUCGUCUUUUUGUGCUCUUACUUAGUUUCUCCACUAUUUGUCUGGGAGUUCUUUGCAUUUCCACAAGUUCCUCCACAUGCAGAUGUGGAAAUAAUGAGCUGGUGUUUUAUUGCCUAUUGGCUUUGGGGUUCUUUCUUCUUGUGACUGGCAUUUUCUGGAGCACUUUCCAUGAAGUCUUGAAAUACAGGGGCCUCAGCAGCAUCUUCAUUCGAAAUCCCAGCCAUAGAGAGCUAUGUGUCAGCACCAUAGACAGGCCUGACUUCUAUCCCCCCUCCUACGAAGACAGCACAGAUCCUGAAAAACAGACCUUCCCACUCCCAGUUGCCUCCACACUAAAACAGCAAGAAGUCAUCAAUAUCCCUCCACCUCCGUAUAGCGAAAGCAGCACAGAGUUCAUCAGUGAAACUAACGAGCAGGAACAGCCACCACCAUAUGAAAUAUCUGUGCAGCGGCUAUGGCAGCAGCAAACAGCUGACCAAAACUCAAACCCCAGAGCAGAGUCGAAUUCUCAUCCAUCCACACAAGAAAACAGUUACCAACAGGAUACAGACUGCCAGGGGACCUCAGAAAGAGCAGUGCCUAUCAGAACAUCUGAGACAGGCAGGGGGAAAAAUCCUGUAUCUGUGAAGCAGGGAAAAUUGGCAGAAGACACGUGUCAGUGA